AUGCCAGGUAUCUAGUUAAUACAAUCAUAAAAUUUGAUGAACAAUAUUCGUAAAACAUAUCCUAUUGGGAAGGAAAAAAAUACUAAAAUAAGCAUAUCAACUCAUAAUCUAUUUAAUAAGGUUUAAUAAAAAAUGAUAAUUAACAAAAUUAAUAAUAAUGCUAGAUUAAAAUUUUUUUAGGAAAUAGAAAAUACGACUAAAAAUGAAAUAUUACUUAAACACAUUUUAAAUUGUUGCUAAUUUAGAAUUAAAACUGAAACUUACAAAAAGAACUUUGCUAAAAUUAAUUAGCGGAUUCCUGUCAUUCAUAUUAUACCAAUUCUAACUCAUUUAGAUUAUAAUAACAAAAAUAAUUUAAGUAAUAAUGAAUCAAAGAUUCCAAGACUUUCGUUAACUAGAAGUGAAAUAUAUAAUCUAAACAACCUUUAACUUAGAGACUUCUGUGUACAUAUCUUAAGUAAUCAAAUACUAAUUCUAAAUUGA